GCACUUUUAUACCAAAGUCUAAAGCCACGUAUUCACUGAGCAACAAUUGUUUAUAAACUCUGUUUCAGAAACAAAAUCUACGUGUUUCUGAAACAAAUCAUUUUGUUUCAGAAACAUAUAAUUUUGUUUCUGUAAACACUACGUGUUUAUCGGUAUGUUUCGGUGCUCCCCACUUGUGACGGAGAACACAGAAGCAAAUCAGUUGCGCAACAGGUGCAUGCGAGUGUGGACGCGUCUAAACAUUUGUUUAUAAACAUGGCUGUAGUGUGGGACGAUGAAACUGUCUUUAAAUUGAUAGAACUGUUUGAGAAAAAACGAAUAUUAUGGGAUUGCUCGACAAAGGACUAUAAAAAUAAAAUAAAAAAGAAUGACGCCUGGGAAGAAAUUUCGAAUGCUUUGGCAAUUCCAAAAACAGAUGUUGAGCAUAAAAUGCAUAUAUUGCGGUCGCAAUUUGCAAGAGAGAGGAAGAAAAUGUUGUCUACAAAAACCACAGGUGCUGGUGCUGCAGAUAUUAAGAAAUCAAAAUGGAAAUUUUAUGAAGAAUUAAUUUUCUUACAAAGCACGACGACAAGGGUCGGUGGUGCGGAUACUUUAAAUGAAACAGCAAACCGUGAAGACCUCCUGGCAACUGAGGAGCCAGAACAGCAAUCGGAGCAGCAGAAACCACAAUCUCCACUUCCACCAUCCCCACUACCAUCUACAAGUAGCAAAAAAGCAUCUAAAAGAAAAGUGGAUGACAAUCUAAGUGAAGUAUUUGAAAUAGUUAAAUCUGCAAAACGCAAAAUGGAUGAAUCUAAGGAUGAAUAUGAUAUUUAUGGGCAAUACGUCGCUUCAGAAUUAAGAGCGGUACAAAACGAGACUGCCGUAAUACAAGCCAAGGCUUAUAUUAAUAAUAUUUUAAUAGACAUGCGAAUGGGCAAAUACAAUUAUGGUUACGGAUAUCAUAGCCAUCCCGGAUAUGAAACUGCGUCGACACCAGCAAGUUCAACCUCACAAAAAGAACUUGAAACCAUUGAAGAGAUAGUUUCACAAAUCGCAUCAGUAGAAGAAACCGAUAGUAGUACCCAGUAGAUAGUUCGCCUAAUUUUGUAUAAUUAAUAAAAAAAAUAUUGAUUCAUAA